GCCGUGCUUGUUUGGCACCCCAGUUACGACUAGCUCUCCGUGCAAACGACGUCGCGUCAAGCACACACAAGAAAUAUCAUAAUCAUCAACACUUUUUAAAUCGGAUUGUUUACUUCUGUUUGAUAUAGACUACAUUCCUAAACAAUUUUCUUACAUUGAUUUGGACUUUUCUUUUUUUCUUUCAACUGAUCCGACUACUUUAUUCGUGGUAUGGCUCAACUUCUACAGCGCCAUAAUAUUCCAGCUAUUUCUACCGUUUCGAUUGAAGAUCAAAUAGUGCCAGACACAGAUGAUCUGUUUUUCAGUUCAAAUGAUGAGCCGGCUCAAAAUGUUGACGUGCUAGAUAAAUACCUAUCAGAGAUGCCACAGACCCCAGCGCAUCUGAAGAAAGCCAGGAGAGAAAGCGCCUCCGUAAUCGACGAGUUCUUUGGGGAUCCUUCCAAGACGCCAAAUUUCCUAGCCAACAAAGGUUUCUUCACCGCGCCCCAAACUACAUCCAAACCUCUGAACAGAAUGCUGAGCUCUUUCGAGAAGCAAGCGCUAUUCGGAGACGACUCAUCACGAAGGACGAGCUCUUCACUAGUGGAGGAAUUUUUCGAGACCUCCACCGAUCCCAGAACGUCAGUUCCGGUGGAUAAACUUUGGAUCAAACCGGAACCAGUUGACAUGGUGUCCAAGGCGAUGGAGACAUUCGAGACCCCGGAAGUGUUUGAUAUUGACUCGACCAUGUUUGACAUGUCCUCCAGCAAUGACCUGACCUUGGUCAGCGUCCAGAAUGACCUUGUGGGCAGCACGUCGGCGCAGACGGCCGCCCUGCAGUCGGACACGCUGUGGGAGGACCUGACGGCCAGCAUGAACAUGGUGGACAACCACAUGCCGUGCGACGCCAGCAACGGAUUUACCGUCAAGGCCGAGCCGAUGGACAGCGAGGAGAAACCCUCGUGCCAGUACGGGCCCAACCACCCCCGCCACAACCACAUGGUCUCGCGACCCAACAGCGCCGACCACUUCCUGUACACGUCCCAACCUUCGUCCAGCUCGUACACGAACAUGUCCACAGACGUCAGUAUAGCCAACUCUCUCUUCACAUCCCCUUUACCCAAAACGACUUUCAGCCAGUCGGUUGUCCGACAUUCUCACAGUUCCAGCGGCGGCGUUGUGGUCAACCAAGGGGCAAUGAACUCUGGAUUCUUACCGCCAAACCCACAUUUCAAAUCCGCCACCUCAACAUCCCCCUCCCCUCAUGUCGUUCCAUGCCUCUACCCCACCCCACCCAACUCCCAGCCCGCCAGUCCUAACAACGAAGGCGGCGUCAGACGAACCCCACCCCCACCCUACCCAGGCAUCUCACAGAUCCCCCGCUCAGUCCUAAGCCCGGCCCCCUCUUCCCUACCCGCCACUGUCACCAUGGCACCCAGCUCGACCAAGAGCGACCGUCCGAGAAAGCAACCCGUCACCCACCCCGGGUGCUCAACCAUCAAAUACAACAGGAAGAACAACCCGGAACUUGAGAAAAGAAGAAUUCACUACUGCUCUUUUCCUGGUUGUAGAAAAGCUUACACGAAGAGCUCCCACCUCAAGGCCCACCAGAGAAUCCACACGGGCGAGAAGCCUUACCAGUGCCAUUUUCAGACCUGUGGCUGGAGGUUCGCCCGUUCUGACGAACUGACCCGCCACAUACGUAAGCACACUGGUGCCAAGCCUUUCCGGUGUAAAGUCUGUGACAGAAGCUUCGCCAGGUCGGACCAUCUGGCUCUGCACAUGAAGCGUCACGAACCCAAAGGAAAAUGAACUCUCCUGGAUGGGAAACAAAAAUAAUAAAAAUACACCACCCUGGUGGACUAUCUGGCACGCCACUGGCCAGUUUUUUAAUUUAAAAAAAAAACCUGGUCAGCUCAGAUAAUCAAGUGGCCAGAUUUCUCGACUGAAUUCAUGUCAAACCUGCAUGGAAUGAAAACGUCAAUCUGGCCAAUACUGUCCACCAAGACUGAACUACGUAUUUUUAAAAUCCACAGAUAUUUACGAAUGUCUCCUGACUUCAACCUUGACACCAGUCAUAGACUAACAUUAUUAAGUGAGGGUUCAAACCGUUUCUGUUCAGUUCAAACGGUUUUUUGGCCCCACUGAUGAAAAACAUUGUGAGAUUAGUAAUUAAGCAUGCAAGUAGCUUGAUUGUCGUAUUUUAGUGUCAUUGUUUGAAAGAAUUAGUAGAGCCUUCCAAGUGUGAUAUAAUUUUUUUAUAGAUUUUUUUUUAAACAAGAAAUAAUGAAAGUUGCUUGUUUUUGUUUUGAAAAUAUACCUGUGCAUGUUAAUGAUUGAACUUUGACUUGUUGAAAAACCUGGUCUUUCUAGUCUAAAUGUACAUUAUUUUAAUUACUUCAUUUAAUUGUUCUACUUAAUUUUUAUUUUAUGAUACAAAUGUGGUUCAUAUGUGUCCCAGUUGUAAUUGGAACUUUGCUUAGGUUUCUGUGUGUGUCCUUAUCUCUCCUGUUCUCAACCUCUAGUACAUUCGCAAGUUGGUCGUAGUCCUCUUGAAAAUAUAUUAGUUCAAAAAAUGUCCUGUACAUUCUCAAGUAAUUUUUAUUUUCAAUUUAAAUGUUAAUGCAUGUUGUUUUUUAACAUUGAAACCAAAAGUUAAUUUAGUAGUAGUCGACUACUAGUGCUUAAUGUUUGUAAAUGAAUCUGAUUGGUUGCGAGAUAUGGAAGUAUUGCAAGACACGAGUGUGGAAUUCAUUGUACGAAUUAAAAAAACAACCUCACAGUGCAUUUUAUAUGUGAAACAAAAGAUCUCAAAGCUUUUGUAAUUAAUUAAUUAAUUAAUUUUAUUGCCCAGUAACUCCACACACCAAUCUGAAAAUUAUAUUAUAAUCCAACAUGGCUGACUUAAUUUAUUAAUAAAUAGUAAAUUAACAUCUUAAUUAAACUAAUUAAAAAAUCAGCUGUUUUAAAUCCUAGUAUUGUUUUGUAAAAAAAAAAUCCUGUUUAUUUUUAAAAAAUCUAAACCACAACAAAGCUUGUUGCUAUAGCAACAUUCUUACCACAUGCAAGCAAAUCAACUUCUACCGUCUACACCAGCUUUUGCUCCAUAUCAUGGAUUGCUUUUAUUUUCCAAGCAAUAUCUAUGGUCAUAUUUUUACAAUCUUCACGUUGUCAUGUUUUUUACUAUGUAUUUUAUGCUUAGACAUUUUUUAAUAAGUAUAUUGCAAAAAAAGUCACAAAUUUUAACCGUUUAUGCAAAUCUCAUGUUUUUUGUGUAAACAUUUUGUUUGAAUGCCAUUUUUAUUGAAACUUAAGCAAUAAAAUGUUUAUUUAAUAUUUCA